UAGGUGUGAAUGUGUAGCCGGCUCGGCAUAUUGUUGCCCUUCUCCUUCCAAUAAACAGCUGCACUUUUCCUCCUUACCUCCUCCCAAGCAGAGCACAUGUCUCUGUAGUACUACGGAGGAGGAGAAGGAUGUGCAAGGGGAGGAGGGGUGUCUUUCAGGAAGGAGAGAGCCCUUUCAAAGUUCCACGCUGCAGUCUGUCCUUGCCACUGGGGUUGGGUACAGCCCCAGCUGCUCUGGCCUGCUGAGGUCCCACUGGAUGAAUUGCUAAACUGCCACCUGCUUCUGAGCAUUGUUCAACCUGGCAGGAUCCUCAGAACCAGGAGGUAAGCAAAGACAGCUGAAGCCGACUGUGCAGGAUUCCCCUGGCACUUCUGGCCCAAGCCCCUACCACUCCCUCUCCCUGGCAGCCUGCGUUCUGGGCCUCACCUAGACAAGACUGAGUAGGAACAAGCCAUCUCACAGCCACAGCCAUGAAUUUCCUCCGGCGGCGCCUGUCUGACAGCAGCUUCGUGGCCAACCUACCUAAUGGCUACAUGACGGACCUGCAGCGCCCAGACAGCUCCACCAGCUCCCCGGCUUCCCCAGCCAUGGAGAGGAAGCACUCCCAGCCCCUGGCAGCCUCCUUCUCCUCCCCAGGAUCCAGCCUCUUUGGCUCCUUCUCCAGUGCCAUGAAGCAGACCUCCCAGGCCCCCUCGGGGCUGAUGGAGCCUCCGGGUCCCUCCACACCCGUUAUUCAAAGGCCCAGGAUCCUGUUGGUGAUCGAUGAUGCCCACACAGACUGGGCCAAGUAUUUCCUUGGAAAGAAGGUGAAUGGAGAGAUUGAGAUCCGAGUGGAGCAGGCUGAAUUCUCAGAGUUGAACCUAGCAGCCUAUGUCACAGGGGGCUGCAUGGUGGACAUGCAGGUCAUGAGGAAUGGGACCAAGGUUGUGAGAUCCUUCAAGCCCGACUUUAUCCUGGUCCGCCAGCAUGCCUACAGCAUGGCCCUGGGUGAAGACUACCGCAGCCUGGUCAUUGGCCUGCAGUACGGAGGGCUGCCUGCCGUCAACUCCCUCUACUCUGUCUACAACUUCUGCAGCAAGCCCUGGGUGUUUUCUCAGCUCAUUAAAAUCUUCCACUCCCUGGGUCCUGAGAAGUUCCCGCUUGUAGAACAAACAUUUUUCCCCAACCACAAGCCAAUGCUCACAGCCCCUCACUUCCCUGUGGUGGUCAAGCUGGGACAUGCCCAUGCUGGAAUGGGAAAGAUCAAAGUAGAAAAUCAGCAUGACUACCAGGACAUCACCAGCAUGGUGGCUAUGGCCAAGACCUACGCCACCACUGAGGCCUUCAUCGACUCCAAGUAUGACAUUCGCAUCCAGAAAAUCGGAUCCAACUACAAGGCCUACAUGAGAACGUCCAUCUCUGGAAACUGGAAGGCCAACACAGGCUCCGCCAUGCUGGAGCAGGUGGCCAUGACAGAGAGGUAUAGGCUGUGGGUGGACAGCUGUUCAGAAAUGUUUGGCGGCCUGGACGUCUGUGCCGUCAAGGCUGUUCACAGCAAGGAUGGCAGAGAUUACAUCAUUGAGGUGAUGGACAGCUCAAUGCCCUUGAUUGGAGAGCACGUGGAAGAGGACAAACAGCUGAUGGCCGACCUCGUAGUCUCCAAAAUGAGCCAACUCCUGCUGCCAGGGGGGACAGUGCCCUCACCCCUGAGGCCUUGGGCUCCGCAGAUGAAACCAGCGAAAUCCCCGGGGCCCACCCAGCUGGGGCCUCCACCUGGACAGCCACAGCCACGCCCACCCACACAAGGGGGACCUCGCCAAGCGCAGUCUCCUCAGCCCUCAAGAUCUGGGAGCCCCUGCCAACAGAGGCUCUCCCCACAAGGCCAGCAGCCCCUGAGCCCCCCAUCUCCACAGCUGUCCCGGGCAUCCAGUGGCGGUGCUCCAAACCAGGCCUGCAAGCCAGGCUCCCCCCUCACCUCGCAGCCCCGGCCCCCCACUCAAGGCCGCAGCCCCUCCCAGCAGGGCGAAGAGUCGAAGCCAGCACUGCCCCACCCCCAUCUCAACAAAUCCCAGUCCCUGACCAACAGCCUCAGCACAUCUGACACCUCCCAGCGCGGGACCCCAAGUGAAGACGAGGCCAAGGCCGAAACCAUCCGCAACCUGAGGAAGUCUUUUGCCAGCCUGUUCUCUGACUAGCGCUGUCCCCGGCUGCACGGGGGGUGCUGUGAACUCUCCCUUCUGCUGCCUCAUCUUCCUUCUCAGCCUCAGUUCCUAAAGGGACCAGAAAGGACGGCCUGAUAAUGUACUUUCUAAAUGCCUUUGGCCCAGGAACUGACUAUCUGUGUAUGUUCCCCCCUCCUUUACUCUGACCAUCUGCAACAUCCAAGUGGUGGGCCUCGGAGCGCCUCCAGCAUCCUCCAGAUGGGCCUUACCCACAGGCAUCGCAUCGCCCUGCCCACCCAGAUGCUUGCUUCCGCACCCCAGAUGACCAAGGGAGAUGUCUGCGAGCAGCUAGUUCUCACAUUUCUUCUUGUAAGGUUUUGCUUGCCUGUGGGCAAAGGUCCCCCUAGAACUUGCCCCAUCUCUCAAAUGCAGGGGCUGUAGUCAGACCUCAGCAAUACUGGAGGCAAUGAUCUUUUUGCAAACAAAAGGAGAAAAGCCCAGCAAGGGGAACCUUACCCGUGUAGUUCCAUUCAGGCUUGAGGCCGCCCCGCAGGCCAGGCAGGCAAAGCCCCCAAUGCCUGGCCGAUGGUGGGAGUCCUGAGGCCCACAGAAAGAAACCAGACCCCAUAUGUCAAGCAGGCCUUUCAGAACUCAACAGAAAUGGUGGGGGGUGGGGGGAGCCUUAAAUGCAGCUCACGCCCAGAUAGGACAGCCAAGAACAGACCACAGGUUCCUCUGGGAAUCCUCGCCGGUUCCCAGAGGAGGAAGAGGCCCUCACUUCCCCCAGAACGAGUGAGAUUAGGUCUCCUCCUCCACCCAUUCUGUGUUGCACCAUCAGGAAUUCUCUCUGAAUUCCCGUCAGGAAUGGUGUUUCCUCCUCAAGGAUACAUGAAGGCCCAGAGAGAAUCAGUAGAUCAAUGACACAGGGUCAGAAAGUGCAAUGAUUGUAACUCCAAGGUCGGCAUUUCACUAACUGCAUACAGCGAGGAGUUGGUAGGUUAUUCAACUACACAAGGGUCUCAUGGUCAAACGUGUUUAAAAACACUGUUCAUACUUCCUUUUUUAAGAUUAGGCAGUACACACUCCAUGUCAAAGGCUCUUCGAAGUCCUGCAGUCAAGAAAUUCAACUUUAACCCAAGCUAAGAAAUCAGCUGUUUAACCCAAACUUACUUGGCUCAGCACGUGAACUGCACCACUGUCCAGUGUAGUCCUGAUUCCCUCUCAGCACUCUUUCCCCCACCUCAGAUUGCCUCCCAUGAUCAGAUCAGGUGCAGGGGUGUCCCAAACCACCUCCCCCCUGGUGCUAGAAACAUUACAGGGGCCAGAACCAGCCUCCUGGUCCCAAAAAGAGCCCAGGAUAUUAGAAUAUAGCCAUGCUACCCCCCCCCCCUUACAGCCCAUUUGGCAACUUGAGACGUGUCCUCCCCUCACUGUCCACUGGGAAGGAGAGAGCAAGGUAAAAGUUUAAGGUCCUUGGCCUGGAGCUACAUUCUGAACAAACAUGUGGGAGGAAGCUUGUAGGGCUGAGUGGAACACAUUUCAGGAGGCAAAGAACACAGAAAAUACCUGAGGCCAUCAUGAGUCUUCUGCAUUGGAGAUUAUGAGUCCUCUGCAUCGGAGAUUACGAUCAGAAUCAAAGUCAAACACUCUCGCGUGACUCAUUUAGUAAUAAAAUAUAGCUUAAAACACACAAGGUGGUGGUGGGCUAGACAAAGUUGCUCAGUGUGGUCCACGGCUAGUGCAUAGCUAACUCCAUUCCAGAACAAACGAGUCAGGAUUUCUGGUCCUAAGGCCCAGACCCUGUAUCUCUGUCAGUCUUCCCAAAUGCUUGGAAUGCAUAUUAAAGCUGGACCACGAGCCCUGAGCCACACCAUGUGGGAAAGUCACUACAUGAGAUACAUUACACCCAGGGACUCCGUCGGUGAGCAAAGCUAGUGGCCCCAUAAACGACUAUGUGGCUUAAAUUUUCUCACAUUCCUAUAUUCUGUCCCUUGUCCCUAAAAACACCCCAACAUUCAACCCAUUUCUUCCAGAUAUUCCAACUACAGUAGCACAGACUCCUUUUUCUGGCCAGGAACCCUGAUUUUUGUAACCAUGCACAGAUGACCCAUAGCCUAACACUAGUUUGUAACCAACACAUGUAAAUAAAAUUUCCCGUUGGUCUAUGCAUGAAUAUGGAGACCAAAAAGGGUCUUGUGGAGACCAUGGAUCCCCAAGUGGACUGUUUCCUCAAAUAGGCUGGCACAUGUAACCUCCAAAUAUUUAAUAAUUGUGGCAUUUUUUAAAUGGUAAAGGACAAAAAGAGGAGGGGAGUCACUCUGUAGAGAUUCUGAUAGGUUGUGUUUGUCAUUUUUCACUUUGUUUCCUAACUUUGACCCAAGGAAAGGCUAAAUUUCCCUCCAGACUUGGUGAGGCUAGAACAUGACAAAGACCCACCCUGUCUGUGCUAAUGUGUAGCUCAACAAAUAGGGAUUUAAAAAUGCAGCCUCAGUGGACACCUGCACCAGCCAGAGAAAAUACUGCUUCCAGAUCUGUCAUCUCAGCAUGAUAAAAUGGCACUAUAAUUAAAUAAAAGAUCAUCUUUCCAGGGACAGUGGAUUACACAUACCCGUUCUCAUUAAUUCUCUGUGCUCCUUUCAUCAUUACUACAUUCUCUCCUAACAUUCUGUCCCUGCAGAUGGGUCAUGUAGUUACACCUUUCCAAAAUUCCAGGGGUGAUGGGCCAUCACUCACGUGGCAGCAAACAUGACAGCAAACCUCAUGAGCCUGAACAUCAGCCACCUGCAAGUCCUCAUCUGAGCCUGCUAGGUAAGGAGUUCAAGGAGAAAGCGACCCGGUGCAGGUAGCACGUGGAUGAGCUCAGACAGCAAAGCACGGAGUCAAUUGCUUGGCACAUAGCAGGUGUUGAGGUUGACCUUCCUAGAAAACUAUGAAAUUAAUGAAAUGUCAACAGUGUUAAGACUGAAUAAAAAGUCUGUUUUCCUGAGAGUACCAAUGUGAGGAAGUCACUUGCCCAGAAUCAAACCAACAGAGAGAUUAGGAUGAUGAGAUAAAAAGCUAAAUAAAUCUAUGGCUGCUUUUGAACCUUAGGAAGAUUUCAGGCUCUGCACUGAGCUGAAAAGGAAUAGAAGAAAGCAGAGGCAGGGGCCCACGUGACCUUCCCGAGGGUGAGCAUGGCCCACAUGGCGGUGAUGGGUGUAGGGCUGCCUAGGCGAGGAGCAGAGGGAUGGGGUCCACGGUCAGUGUCGGGGUGGGGGCUGUGGUGAGAGCGCCAGCAGCGUACUGAAGCUCGCACAGCAGUGACCCCACCCCGCACGGCAGGCUGCAGCAGGGCUGGGCAGACAGCAGGGCGCCGGCUUGAGCCAUCACCCCCGCAGUCUGAGCACGUGGGCUUUAUUCACCUUCCUACAACAGGCAGCGGCUCGUUUUCUAUUUAGAAUUGGCGAAAGGAUGCAGAUCAGAGUCCCAGCUUAAACGAAUGAAGUCUGCCUUGCAAAUACAAGCAGUGACUUCCUAUGAUUAUCGUGCUCAUGGCCUAAGAGCACUUCUCACAUACCGCAUGUUCUUUACCCUACAGAGCAAGCUGGCUGGUUACUAAUAAUACUAAGUGUCAAAGAGCUGUCCUUGACGUCUAAGCAGUUACUGGCUGAAUUCAGCGUUUCGGUCUAAUAGACUCUAACAGAGGACGGCACUUUUCAUUUGGUUCGACACAAAUUGAAACGCUGGGCAACAAGCAAGUCAGAUCCAUCCAUUAACCAAACACAACAUAAAGGGCACAGGCUCCCUUGUGUUUCCAUAGGCAAAAUAUGCAGCUGAAAUAGAUGGAAAUGGCUGGAAAGUGUUUCUUGUAAUUAGGCAUUCCUCUGAGGGAAAACCUGUCUAAAAUCAAGCAUUCCUUCUACGUGUUAAUCCUUUAGAUUCCUAAAUACCUCUCAUUUUUAUUCCAGUUGGCCCCCCACUUUUAAUUUCCAAAUUCUCACGAUAACUAUCUGCUCUCUGUAGUUUGAGUCUAGAAGAGAAACGAGUCCACAUCUGGCAGCCACCGCCCAGGGCAGGAGAAAGGCAGGCCUUGGUGCUGGACCUGAGUAGGGGGCGAAGCAAGGAGUCCAGCUCGAGGCUGAGCAUCACAGACACUCAGCCGAGCAACGACCCAAGGGGCUGGAGAGGGCCAAGCAAGGGCGAAAGAGAACAGUUCAGCUUUUACAUAAGCAAUCACAAAACCCUAAACUGGAAAGAGAAGAUGCCUUCUGAUUUGUUAUGAACAGAGAAGGGGUAGGGACGAGGGAGGUGGGGGGCAAGAUUCUGUUAUAGUUAUAAAUUAAAGGGGAAAAUAAGAGGCCACAGGAAACCGUUCAGGCUACAAGCCAACGAAGAGCUGGAUCUUACCAAAACACUUACCACCGCCUUCCAAACUCGAUUACUUUCAUUAUAGUGUUAUCAAAUGGAUGUCUGAAAAUCAUGCAGGAACAGGCUCCUGCCAAAUUCUUCUAAUACACCAGCUAUACAUAAAGCUCAGCUGUCUCAGUCUCAUGAAAAGAAGUAGGACUUCACUAGCUUGUAAGUUUAGCUAUUUAAGAAGAAAAGUUCAAGGGCUAAGAAUUCAGAACAAACUUGUGAGAGGACUGCAAAUUUAGGUGUGUGGCACACUGCCCACCUCCUAAACUAAGGGAGGCACUCCAACGUGAGUAUGAAAAGCAGCACCUGUUUCCACAGGACACCAGCACCUUUCACGCACCGGUCAAGGUCCAUUCAAACCACUGCACGCUCACUCACUGCUUUGUAGCAUUUGGUGCUUCUGGUCAUCACCAUGUCCUCCCACUCCCACCCCACACAGUGCGACCUAUAUUACAUGGCCACAAAGAGGUGUAUCGAAGAGCUAGGACACAUUUGGACCCUUCAAAGCUUCAAGGUGGUUCUUGCAGCCCAGCCCCAAGUCAUGUGGCUCCAGUGGACACUUGUCUUUAAAAAGUUGUCCUAUAGCUCAAAUUAUAAAAUACCACAGAAAGAAAUGUCAACCGCCCCAAUCCAUUACCUGUACAUUGGCUAUGAAAGGUGACUUGGCCUCUGCAAAACCUUUUUAUUGACUGAAUUUUCUUCACUGUGAUGGGAAAAAAAUUGUAUGUGUAGCAAAAUAUAUAUGUAUAUAUAUUUUCACAUCUACGCAGGACUCAAAAUAUUCUCGCAGCAUAUAACAUCCCAAGCCAUUUCCUUAUAUGCAAAAUAAGAUUUUCUUUAAAAAAAGCAAGAAGACAUUGGCAAUAUUCCUCAAUAUUUUCUGCACAUACUAAUUGUUUUACCUCUUUUGUGAUUCAGAUUUUAAUGUCACUAUAGCAUGUUUCUGUAGUUGUUUGUAUGAUAAGAUAUUUGUGUUUGGCCUUUUUCUUGUAAGAAAAAUGUAUCUUUUAAGUCUUAAAAGCAAAAUGUUGUUCAAAUAGUAAGAGGCUAUCUUUGAAGAACACGUACCUGAAUGGCACUUUGCAAAGCAGAACUUUUCUUGUUAAAAGAUGUCAUCUACUUAGAUUACAAAUUAGGCACCAAGUGUUCCAAAAGAAAAAGAAAAAAAUCCUAACUCCAGAAGCAGCCAGAAACAAGAGUCCGUAUCACCCAAUGGUCAUCCAGAAGGGCUGCUCUAAAGCUCAGAGGUCUCACCACCAAGCCAGAGAAAAGAGCUGCAGAGGAAAGGUAGAUCCAGAUGGGGGCGCCACAGCACCCAACCCCGGCCCAGUUCAACCAAAUUAGCUCUGCUUUUAUUCAUUUUAUAAACCAAGCUUCUGCGAACAAUUUCAUUUGAAGACAGGGUGCCACUAAAAAGUAACUUUAAAAAUAAUCCCCUGCAACAAUCUGAUGACACUGAGAUUCUUUGAUCAUUUUGAAAUGUUCAAGUAAUGAAGUUGUUCUGAGUAUUUAUUAUAUCUUUCUGUAAUAAAAGACUGCCAUGUAAA